AACUGCGCCGCUCUAUGGAACAGAUGUUCUCUUCGCGUUCAAACCGCUAUCCAAAAUGUCUGUCAUUGUUGUUGCUUUACCCGUUCUUUGGUAAGGCAAAAUGCGUGUUAGCAUACGAUAGGAAUUUGGGUAUUUAACAAGGAGAUAAGAAUGGAGUUCCCUUUAUUGGAAGCGCUGGGUGCCGGGAACGCCAGCAACUCCACCAACGGCACAGACUCUCACGGCGGCGGCGGCGGCCACGGGGAUGGUGAUAUUCAUGCUCACAGUGGACAUCAUGAGCAACCAUACAUCAUACUCUUUCUAUUCGCUUCUUUCGCAUUAGGAGCACUGGUCCGCACCCUGUUGAAGAUCGUGCCCGGAGACUUGCCGUACACGGUAGUUCUGCUGGUGCUGGGGAUCCUGCUGGGCCUGGCGUCCGCCCGCUCGCCCGACUUCGCACACUACACCGCCAUCGUCCACAUGAACCCGCACUUGCUCUUCCAUGUCUUCCUGCCCGUGCUCAUCUUCGAGUCCGCCUUCGCCAUGGACACGCACAUGUUCUGGAAGUCAAUAUAUCAGAUCCUAAUCAUGGCCCUGCCGGGGCUACUGUUAGCCUCGCUCCUGACGGGAAUCCUGUCCAUGUACACGUUUAACUACGGCUGGAACUGGUACGUGGGAAUGAUGUUCGGGUCCAUCUGUAGCGCCACGGACCCCGUAGCUGUGGUGGCGCUGUUGAAGGAACUAGGCGCGUCUAAGCAGCUGGGUACAGUGAUAGAGGGCGAGUCUCUGUUGAACGACGGCUGCGGUAUCGUCAUCUUCACCAUGUUUCUCAACCUGGCGACAGGAGUGGAGUGGGCAGCUGCGGACUUUGUCAUUUUCAUUGUCAAAGUCAUGCUCGGUGGACCAGCGUUUGGUUUCGUCAUGUCCAAGUUGACGUCCUUCUGGCUGGCUAACAUCUUCAACGACGCGCUGACAGAAAUCACCAUCACUCUGGCGUCAACGUACAUCACGUUCUACGUAGCAGAGGUGUUAGGUGUGUCAGGUGUACUAGCAGUUGUUAUCCUGGGACUGACCAUGGAGAGAACCAGUAUCAGCCCGGAGGUAGAGUCUUUUCUACACAGGUUUUGGGAGAUGAUGGCGUACCUGGCGAACACUGUCAUCUUCAUCCUGGUUGGGGUGAUGAUCAUGGAGAAGUCCAUCCACAUGAUAGAAGGGGGCGACUGGUUCUACAUCAUCACUCUGUACUUCGGCAUUAACGUCAUCAGACUGAUAGUUAUAAUCAUCCUGUCGCCGGCCACGUCGCGGGUGGGUUACGGCCUGUCGUGGCGGUACGGCGUGGUGACGGCCUGGUCCGGGCUGCGGGGGGCCGUGGGGCUGGCCAUGGCGCUGCUCGUCAUGCAGCAGGAGAUGACGAAGGGAAGCUCUGAAGACUGGAAGAUGCAGGUGGCCAACAAAAUCCUCAUCCACAUCGCCGGCAUCGUGUUCCUGACCCUGUUCAUCAACGCCACCACCAUCAAGGCGCUGCUGAGGUUACUGGGCAUGAGCGACAUCUCGGCACCGAAGCGCAUGACGAUGUACAGCGCCGUCCGGCGGGUGAAGGACGCCCAGAACAGGUCCUUCCAGGUGCUGAAGGGGGACCGCUUCCUGGCCGACGCCGAGUGGACCCUGGUGGAAAAGGCUUGUGAGAUUCAGGAUCCUUACAAGACCAAGGACGAAGAAGAUAUACUGGAACAACCGCUCCCAACAAAAUGCGCAGCUGCUAUUGACACUUGCCUGUGGCAGCUACAGUACCAAGUUUCGCUGUGCUUUGCUAGAAUAAGACAUUGUCAGGUGAACGCGGAGGAGUUUGUCCCGUUCCAAAGGAUGAGUCAGUGCCAGGACUGUAAGUCCAUGGUGCCGAACGAGCCGUCACCGAGGGAGUAUCAGGACAUGGCGGAGGAGGCGAGACUGCGUACACUCAAGGCUCAGAAGGUAAGCUACUGGAAGCAGUUUGAGCACGGCAUGCUGAACCGGGAGGCAGUCCGCGUGUUGGUCCAGGCCACGGAGUCAGCCGCGGACAGCGUGGGCGAGUUUGUGGACAUCGAAGAAAUAAAGAAGCACUGGAAAAUCAAGGGCCUGCUGCCAAGGCUGAGAAAUAAACUAGAAGAUUUGGUGACAGACAAGCAGAAGGACCAGCUGCCCAUGCCGGAACAUAAGUUUCUGCGAACUGUCUUCAUCAUCGUCGGUCACCCUGCGUUUGAAUGGUCCAUCAACGUCCUCAUCAUCCUCAACCUCAUCCCCAUCAUCAUUGAGUUCACCAUAGAGGAAUCAGAUCCGCAGUUUCCAGAGUACCAAUUCUACUUAAGAAUUACCAACUACGUCUUCUUCGUCAUCUACAUCUUGGAGGCUGUGUUAAAGAUCAUAGCUCUGCGGAAGCACUACUUCUUCUCUCACUGGAACCAGUUCGACCUGUUCAUCAUCGCGGUGUCUAUCAUCGACAUUGUUCUGGACAACAUCUUCGGGAACGUGGACUUCAACCCCGCCAUCUUCCGCAUCGCCAAGAUAUUCCGUCUCCUCAGAGCUAUGAGGAUGCUCAGACUGUCUAAGGCAGCGAUUCCCCGGAUGAUCAACGUCAUCGACAACCUCAUCAACAAGCAGCUGAGCUUUGGGUAUGACGUGGGCAAAGGGUUCGUGGUUGGUGAGGAGGAGGUCAUGAAGCUGAUCCCGACCAUUAUCGACAACAGGUCCAUAGCACGUGACCUGCGACAGAAGUCUGACAUCAGCCGGAGAGCUGUCAUUCGUGAGCUAGGUCUGCUGCAGCGCGACCACCCCGGCAUUGCCGUGUCCGUGAAGACCCGCCAGUCCAUCCGCGCCGUCCUGAACCACUCCCGGGACACCAUCAGGGAGAUGCAGGGUGGGGGCCUUCUGGACGAGACGGAGGCGAAGAAACUGGAGAUGGUUGUCGAGAUCAAGAUGAAGCAGCUAGCGCGGGCACCGCCCUCCAUCCCUCCGCCCAACCCGGAGCAGCUCCUGCGGCACAUCUCCUGGCUGGAAGGAAACACCGAACUCACGGAGUUCAUGAAGGCCCGGGCAAAGCUGCUGUUCCACGACUUCGGUUCAACUCUUUGCAAACAAAGUGAACUGCCUCAAGGUCUCUUCCUCAUCGUCUCGGGUAUGGUUAAGCUGCGCGGUGCGGGAGUGAAGUACACGGACUACGAGACGCAGCACAGCAUGGACGAUGACCUGGAGGUGUACGAGGACUACCUGACGUCGGGAAACAUCAUCGGGGAGAUGGGCAUCCUCAACAAGCAGCCGCGAUCAACCAGCGUGUCGUGUGAGACGUCUAUUCAGACAUACUACAUCAGUGCGGAGGACAUGGACAUGGCGUUUGACCUCUUCUCCGUUAACUUCCUGAAGGAGCGGAUCUGGCGCGUGGUCGCCAUCCGUAUCUCCACUCCCCUGCUACUCAAGACUCUGGCCUACCAGGGUUGGACGCACGACAAAGUGCGCCUGCGCCUCGAGACAGGUUACAUGCCCACCAACCUGGUCGACCGGCGCUCCUUCGAGAUCGACCAAACCAUGGAUGACGUCAUCCUGGUGCAGGGCCAUGCCUUGAGCCCGCACACAGCGGAGGAGUUUGUGGCCCCCUGCAUCAUCCCGCGCACCAUCCACAAACUCACCUUCAGCACGGACAGCAUGGAGGAAGGCGUGCUCCCACCACAGUUACUGGUUGUCCCUAACAAGGAAGUUAUCAUAGAGGAGGACACAAAACGUCGCAACUCACUCUACGGCGGCAUUGGGCCUUCUACUACGUCUCUGUGUCUCCAACAUGCGGCCCAGCGACGCAGCAGCCACAACCUUUUGGCCAAGAAAAGCAGUUCUAGCAUUUUCAGGCGUCCUAAGUCUGGGAAGGCUAAGUCUGUCUCCAUCGCUUUACCGUCCCUGGAGACAGCGUCAGACGGCACAACCCGCCGCAGGACCGACUUACAGCCAAUCACCGACCCCGUGAGUAAUACUAGUACUACUAGUGCUAGUGGAAGUUUAAAACCUGUUGUUUUACCGAACCAAGUCGUCAGUAGGGAGGGUGCCUGGAGUGUGCAGUCUGCCGACUUUGGCAGUGAGAAAGCAUGGGAAGGGAACAAAUUCCAAUUCUAACAGUCAUGUUGCCAAGUAGCAAAAGUAAACGAACUUUUAAGGCAUUGUAGAAAGCUUUUGACUACAAGAAUAAAACUGCCGGGGAAUUUAUGACAAGUGUGUUGGGUGCCACACUUGCCGAAUACUAGAGGUGAAAUUGCACGAUCCAAUCGACCUCAGCGUAAAGACUCUUUUCAUGUGUUACUCGCUAAAUAUUCGGCAAGACCAAAAGUGAUAAACUAUGUUUAUAAUCACUUGCUUUGUUUCCUACUAUGCCAUUUGCGUAAUGUAAUUCACCUAAUGUAGCUAUAUGAGCUAGUGGAACCUACCUUUGGGUUCCAAGCAUACACAAAGUGCUUCUGUUACCGAAAAGCCGACAUUUCCCUAACGUUUCUGACCUGCGUCCUCACAGGCGGAGCUCACUCUUUGAGAGGACCUGCGGAAUCCAGUGUCCUGGCUAAACCUUGGUGCACCCAACUUCUCUCUUUGCAAUUUCUCUGUACCAUUUAUUAUUACUAGAUGUAAAGGAAAGCUAAGAGGAAGCAGAAAUCCAAAUUUUAAACUCUCAAAUUUUGUCUUUUCUUUGCACCAAAAUUAAAACCAGGAGGCUGGAAUUCCGUCCAGGCUUCUCUCAGGUUUGUGCAUAAAUAUGACUUCCUCUCAGGUUUCCUUUUCUUUGUAGGCUAUUUAACACAAAUGUGGACUAGAAAUACACCAGAUUAGAUGUUUCUAUCAGUUUUUAGAAGCUACCAAAACAUCAAUUUGACUCAUCAUAUGUAGCCUGUUGAUAGAAACACCAAUGGAAUGUAGUCAUAGAAUUUGAAUCUCUAUAAAAUGAAUUAUUCUUCACAAACAUCAUCUUGCAUGCUAAACACUUGUACAGUAACUGUUACUCUGCAGCUUGGAAGCAUACAUGUAUCUAUGUCACAGUCAUGAUGAGGAUGUUGUGUAAAUGAAAAAUAUACAACCUCUGUCAAGUAUAGUACCAACAUUACAUGUUGUGUAUGCUUUGAUUAUGAUGUUAUUUUGCCUGAUACUAGCCUACUUACAUGUACAUGUACAUAAUGGUGCAUUCGAAAAACCAACUCCCAAUAAAUGGAAUCACAAACUGCAA